CCCCGGCUCCCGCGAAGCCGGCUCCUGGCCCCGGGCACAUGCAGGCGAUCAAAUGCGUGGUGGUCGGCGACGGAGCCGUGGGGAAGACAUGCCUGCUAAUCAGUUACACCACCAAUGCCUUCCCUGGAGAGUACAUCCCUACUGUUUUCGACAACUACUCAGCCAAUGUGAUGGUAGAUGGAAAGCCAGUGAACCUGGGGCUGUGGGAUACAGCUGGGCAGGAGGACUAUGACCGGCUUCGACCCCUCUCUUAUCCCCAGACUGUAUGUAGUACCUGCAGCUCCCUACUUCCUCCCCCUCUGGGAGAUGUCUUCCUGAUCUGUUUCUCCUUGGUGAGCCCAGCCUCCUUCGAGAAUGUCCGUGCCAAGUGGUACCCUGAGGUACGACACCACUGCCCCAACACACCCAUCAUCCUGGUGGGCACCAAGUUGGACCUUCGAGAUGACAAGGACACCAUCGAACGGCUUCGGGACAAGAAACUGGCACCUAUCACUUACCCCCAAGGCCUAGCCAUGGCCCGAGAGAUUGGCUCUGUCAAAUACCUGGAGUGCUCAGCAUUGACCCAGCGAGGACUCAAGACUGUAUUUGAUGAGGCUAUUCGGGCAGUGCUUUGUCCUCCCCCCAUCAAGAAACCUGGAAAGAAGUGUACUAUGUUCUAAACCCUGCCCAGAGUCUCCUCCUCCCCCCAGGGUGGCCUGAGUGGUGAGGAGAGCUAGGAGCCCAAGGGCCAGGGGCUUUGGGACAGCG